GCUUUCUGUCGGAAAUUUAAGAUUGACUGAAGUCCAGAAGAUGGAAGAUUGGGAUUUAAACGAGGAUACAGCAGAACCUCCAGGAUCCAGUUGUCUGUCUAUGAAGAGUGAAUGGUCCAGAAAUAGACCUACAGACUUACGAGCUCAGAACCACAAACAGAGAGCAGAACCUCCAGGGUCCAGCUGUCCAUCUAUAAAGAGUGACCGAUCCAAAGGAAAACCUCCACACUUCAGUGCAGAACCUAGACCCUCAGACUCAGAAUGGAGGAAGAGGAGCAAAUCCCAGUGUGGAGAAAGAGCCGGAACCGGUGCUGGACCGCUCACAGCCAAUCACAUCAGCUCUGCAGCAGAUGUUGGUCUGCAGGAGGUUCUAAAGGAACAUAAGAUCAGUCUGAGAAGGAGAUGUGAAGGUGUGGCUGAAGGAAGUGAUGAAACAGGAAGUAGAACCCUCCUCAACAGGAUCUACACUGAUCUCUACAUCACAGAGGGACAGAGUGAAGAGGUUAAUACCCAACAUGAGGUGAAGCAGCUGGAGAGAGCUUCCAAGAUCCAGAACCUCAAUGGUUCUCCAAUCAGGUGCCAGGACAUCUUCAAAGCCUUCCCUGACCAACAUGGAGCCAUCAGAGUGGUUUUGACCAAUGGCGUCGCUGGUGUUGGAAAAACCUUCUCAGUGCAGAAGUUCACUUUGGACUGGGCAGAGGGCUUGGAGAACCAAGAUGUUGAUGUUGUGGUUCUGCUUUCCUUCAGGGAGCUGAACCUGAUCAGAGAUCAGCAGCACAGUCUUCUCACACUGCUCCACGUUUUUCAUCCAACACUCCAGAAACUCCCAGCUGAGAAGCUGGCUGUUUGGACGAUUCUCUUCAUCUUUGAUGGCCUGGAUGAAAGCAGACUUUCUCUGGACUUCAACAACAGUCUGCUAGUUUCUGACGUCACACAGAAGUCAUCAGUCAACGUUCUGCUGAUGAACCUCAUUAGGGGGAACCUGCUUCCCUCUGCUCUGAUCUGGAUAACUUCCCGACCUGCGGCAGCCAAUCAGAUCCCUCCUUCGUGUGUUCCCAGGGUAACAGAAGUACGAGGCUUCACCGACGGCCAGAAGGAGGAGUACUUCAGGAGGAGGUUCAGUGAUGAAGAGAAGGCCAGCAGGAUCAUCUCCCACAUCAAGACCUCCAGGAGCCUCUUCAUCAUGUGUGGGAUCCCAGUGUUCUGCUGGAUCACUGCUACGGUUCUGGAGAACCUGUUGACCACAGAGCAGAGAGAAGAGCUGCCCAAGACCAUGACUGACAUGUACUCACACUUCCUGCUGGUCCAGACCAGGAGGAAGAAGAACAAGUACCAUGAAGGACAUGAGAUGAGUCCACAGGAGCUGAUGGAGGCUGACAGGGAAGUUCUUCUAAAGCUGGGGAGGCUGGCCUUGGAACAUCUGGACAAGGGAAACAUUAUGUUCUACCAAGAAGAUCUGGAGCAGUGUGGUCUGGAUGUCACAGAGGCCUUGGUGUUCUCAGGAGUUUGUACAGAGAUCUUCAAAAGAGAAAACGUAAUCUUCCAGAAAACAGUCUACUGCUUUGUUCAUUUGAGCGUCCAGGAGUUUCUGGCUGCAAUAUACAUAUUCCACUGCUUCACCAGCAGGAACAUAGAGGUGUUGGAGAACUUCCUGGGAGGAGAACACAAAGAAAUAUCUCUGGAGGACUUUAUGAAGAAAGCCAUGGAAAAAUCCCUCAGGAGUACAAAUGGCCACCUGGACCUGUUUGCUUGCUUCCUUCAUGGCCUCUCUGUCGAGUCAAACCAUAGCCUCUUAAAAGGCCUGCUGGGUCAGAUGAAGAACAGUCCAGGAACCAUCCAGAGAGUCAUUAAUAAUCUGAAGGAGAUGAACUCUGUUGGAAUCUCUCCAGAUAGAAGCAUCAACAUCUUCCAGUGUCUGAUGGAGAUUAAGGACCUCUCAGUUUAUCAGGAGAUCCAACAGUUCCUGAAAUCAGAGGACAGAUCAAAGGAAGCACUCUCAGAGAUCCACUGCUCAGCUCUGGCCUACAUGCUGCAGAUGUCAGAGGAUGUCUUGGAUCAGUUAGACCUGGAUAAGUAUAAAACUUCAGAUGAUGGAAGACGUAGACUGGUUCCAGCUAUGAGGAACUGCAGAAAGGCUCGACUUGGUGGCUGUUAUCUCCAUGAGGCUGAAUGUGAAGUUGUGGCCUCAGCUCUGAAGUCCAACCUUCAUCUGACUGAAGUGGAAAUAGAGGCGAUCUAUGGAGGUGAAUCCUUUGGAGACUCUGGAAUGAAGCAUCUGUGUGAGAUACUGGAGAGUUCAAUCUGCAAAGUGAAAAAACUCAACUUGCUGGAUUGUCUAUUGUCAGAGAUCAGCUGUGCUUCUCUGGGCUCAGCUCUGAAGUCUAACCCAGCCCAUCUGACAGAACUGAACCUGAGCAGAACCAACCUGGACCCUGGAAUGAAGGAGCUCAGUGGGUUUCUCCAGUCUCCCCUCUGCAAACUACAGACUUUGAGAUUGAAGAACUGCACUUCGUCAAAGAUCAGCUGGGCUUCUCUGGGCUCAGCUCUGAAGUCUAAUCCAUUCCAUCUGACAGAACUGGGCCUGGGUGGAAACAACCUGGACCCUGUAAUGAAGGACCUCAGUGGGUUUCUCCAGUCUCCCCUCUGCAAACUACAGAGAUUGAGUUUGAGUAACUGCAGAUUGUCAGAGAUCAGCUGGGCAUCUCUAGGCUCAGCUCUGAAGUCUAAUCCAUCCCAUCUGAUAAAACUGGACCUGUUUGGAACCUACCUGGACCCUGAAAUGAAGGAGCUCAGUGGGUUUCUCCAGUCUCCCCUCUGCAAACUACAGACAUUGAUAUUGAGGGACUGUGGUUUUUCAAAGAUCAGCUGUGCUUCUCUGGUCUCAGCUCUGAAGUCAAACCCCUCACAUUUGGAACACUUGUACCUGUGGAACAACAACCUGCAGGAGUCAGAUGUUCAACAGCUGCAGAAUCUUGUAAAGAGUCCAGACUACAAACUGAAGACACUGGAGUGGUGGCCAUGAUUAUCUUAGUAAAGGAGAGAAGCCGAUCUUUGUCUUGAUGAUCCACAGAGGUUGAAGCUGCAGCAGUUUAAAGAGACUCUGACUGGAUCCUGAUGAUGAACUCUGAGUUUAGAGAUGUUUCUCCUCUUUAUGUGAUCCUUU